AUGAUCCAGAACUACAAGGAUCUUGCUGAUGAUGCAUGCUUGCUAGAGACGGUUCAGUGUCUGAACUCACCUCCUACAUAUUUCUGCAAGAUAAUAAACCAAGCUUUCAAAGAAGGAGCGCAUAAGAUCGAAAAGGAAGCCCUGAAUCGAGUACUGGUUUCUCGGUCAGAGACCGAUAUGACAGAAAUCAAAGAAGUCCAUCAUCAGCUUUACGGAGCUAAACUUGAAGAUGUUGUGGCUACCAACACACAUGGAAACUAUAGGGAUGCCUUGCUCUCCCUUAUCAAUGGGAAAGAAUGAGAAGAUUAUCAUCAUCUCUGUUUAUCAUUUUAUCAUCAUGUAUUUUUUUUUCCCCCUUAAUUCAAUCUUGUACCUGUUUGUUGUUGGAUGUGGCAUUUUGUAUGAGAAUAAACUUAAAAAGGCUUGUAUGUUUAUACUGUGGUCUUUAAAGAAUUUGUUUUGAGGUGAU